UUUCCUGUUUCCUCUUACGUCACCCUGAGCCCGCAGAGCCUGGGGAUUUGCUCCAGGGUUGGCCGUGCGCGGAGCCCCGUUUGCAGGAGCAGAAAGGAGGACAGCACCAGAAGGGUCCACCGGGAGAGGAGAAGCCAUGUACCGGAAAAAGAUGAGAGGCAUGUAUAUAUCUAAGAAGGCAUUAAAAAACCAGUUUGAUCCCUCUAAGUUUCCACGGGAGACGUAUCUACUAUGCAAACUGCGAUGGGGUGAGAGCGAGAGCUCUUGGAUACACUGGGUCAAAAAUUAUCGUUACGAUUAUUAUCAUGCUGAAGUCUACUUUCUGGAGAAAAUCUUUAGAAUGAAACCAUACAAUAAUGUCAACUGUUCCAUCACCUGGUACCUGUCCUGGAGCCCCUGUGUGAACUGCUGCAAUGAAAUACUGGAUUUCUUAGAGAGGCACGAGAAUGUGAACAUAGACAUUCAUGUAGCACGGCUUUAUUUCAAAGACUCAGAAAGAACCCGCAGAGGUCUGAAGAAACUCGCGAGGUUGGCGCAAGUAAACAUUAAUGUCAUGGACAUGGAAGACUAUAAGGACUGUUCGAAAACCUUUAUCCAAGGAGGUGCUCCUGAUGAUUUCUGGACUGUGAACUUUGAGUCAGAGAUAACAGAGAAUUGUUUGAAACUCUGGGACAUCUUAGAGGUGACACACAAAACCAGAAAUAUCCAUGGCUGCGGUCAGUGGCAGAGGUGGAAGAUAAAGCCAAAAGACUUCAAAAGAAAUUAUUUACCUGACCGACAUUCACGGGUGGUGUACCUGCUCUAUGAAAUCAGGUGGAGAAAUGGUUCUAUCUGGAGGAACUGGUUUUCAAACAAUCGUAGCCAACAUGCUGAAGUCAACUUCUUGGAAAAUUGUUUCAGUGAUGUGCCACCAGCUCCUUGUUCCAUCACCUGGUUCCUUUCAACUAGUCCUUGUGGAAAAUGCUCCGAGAGAAUUCUGGAGUUCCUGAGGACACAUCGUAAUGUGACCUUGGAAAUAUACACAGCCAAGCUGUUCAGGCACCUGGAUAUGCGCAACCGGCAAGGUCUCUGCAACCUGGUGAUGAAUGGAGUUGCUAUACGUAUCAUGAAUCUUCCAGAUUACAGGUACUGCUGGAAAAGAUUUGUUGCAUACCAACAUGGAGAAGAUGAUUAUUGGCCCCAGAACUUCGCUGCAUACAUCUUUCUGAAUUGGAGAGAGCUUGGUCAUAUCUUUUUGGGUCUUCCUCCGUUGCUGCCAUACUGAAUACUAAUAAGCAUCACCACCAUGCUUUCAAGCUUGUUUUGUGCAUCAAUAACAGACCAGAAAAGCCACUACCUAGCAAUCAUUUCUGCUGCAGCCUUGAUGAGUUUCAUCCUGCCACCAGA